ACUCUCAUGUACAUAAUUAUAACAUUAAUAAUUGGUUUUAAAAUACAUUUUGAAAAUAUAUUAAAGUACUUAUUAGCUUUUUGGGUGACCUCCUUUUCUUGCUUGGGAUAACAGUGUACAUUUGCUAGCUUGAUUUCAGGUCCCAUCGAUGAGUUUGUCGAAGCAAUGUACAGACUCGCAAAUUAUAUGAAACAACAGAAUAGUAGGGAAACGCAAGCUAGGGGUAUGAGAGAACUUGAGGCUAUAAAUGGCGAAAAAGGUAACAGUAUAAAAACUGUAUUAGAAGUUAGCACCGUUAUAAUGAGGAAAAAAAGGAAAUUCUUCUGUACUGGUGAAGUGAAAGAACCUAUUGUCAAUAAUAAAAUCAUUUGCAAGGAUAGAAUAUUACUUCCUAUAGCUGGCACUUCAUGUAGGGACGCUAUCAUGUAUUGGCAUCCCGAACUUACUGAAGAACACUACUGCGUGGGAGCUCUUGAAUCAAAGAGUGCAGUUCACGUGAUGGAUAUUGAGGGAGAGAUGUUUUGCAAGGGAGAUGAUUAUUCGAAACGUGAAUAUCUAUUGGCUUGUGACUUUUAUGAAGACCAAGAAGCACCAGUCGCUGAUCUUUUACAAUAUUAUCCUGAUCCUGAUCCAGAAAUAAGUCCUAAAUUAUUUUGAGAAAAUUCAAUAAAUUCUUUAAGACUAAUUUGUUUUCGCAAUAACCAUAUCUGUAGAAAGAGCAGACGCUUCUAAUAUUGAUGACACACACAUUCCUGGCACCCUUAGGGCGCUUGAGUGCACUACACUGAAUUUUCAAGGCCGG